GUUUCGGAGCAAUACCUACAAAUAUCAACAAUUUGUUCUAGAUCCAGCACUUGGUAUAAACGUGCACAGCAUAAUGUUUUACUACUCAACAAUUCUAUUUUUACUGCUAUUAAUGGCGGAUUCAUUAAAUGCCCAAGCCAACUAUGUAAACGCCACUCACCCAAGGCCGUGGAAGGUGCUGUACUAUCCAAAGAAAACUGUCUUCAAGAAAGCUGAUCUCAUUGAUAAAGGAUGUGUGGUUUUCCUAAAGAUGUGUCCCAGGUUUUAUAAACGUAAUGUGGUCUGCGCACGCCACUACGACGGGCAUUACAAAACCUUUGACAAUUACUGCGAAAUGGAGUAUGAGAACUGCAACAGUUGGAGACAAUGGAGUUUGAUCAAACACACAAGAUGUUAAUUGAAUAAAUACGACAUGCUGUUUAAAAUUUCUAAUUUUAAGUUAGUAUAAAUUAUUUGUGGUAAAAACUAGUUUAAUUUUUUUCCCCAGAAAAUUAACAAAUACCCUAAACUUGCAAUAUAUUA